UGCUGGCCACACCCGCAUCCGCCAUUCCCGGUAGCCUCAUGGCCGCAACCUGCGAGAUUAGCAACGUUUUCAGCAACUACUUCAACACUAUGUACAGCUCAGAGGACUCCACUCAGACCCCUGUUACCCCCGCUGCUCCUUUUGGGGCUGACGACCUGGUGCUGACUCUGAGCAACCCCCAGAUGCCGCUGGAGGGCACAGAAAAGGCCAGCUGGUCAGGGGAGCAGCCUCAGUUCUGGUCCAAGGCCCAGGUGCUGGACUGGAUCAGCUACCAGGUGGAGAAGAACAAGUACGACACCAGCUCCAUCGACUUCUCGCGGUGCGACAUGGACGGGGCCGCCCUCUGCAGCUGUGCCCCCGAGGAGCUGCGGCUGGUCUUCGGGCCCCUGGGGGACCAGCUCUACUCGCAGCUGUGGGACCUCACUUCCAGCUUUCCUGACGAGCUCAGCUGGAUCAUCGAGUUGCUGGAGAAGGACAGCAUGGCCUUCCAGGAGACUGUGGGAGACGCCAGCUCUUUCGGGGAGCAGGGAAGCCCCUUCAUCCAGGACAUGCUGGACGACUCCCGGCAAGCCAGCCCCUACUACCCUGGCAGCUACGGCGCGGGCGCCCCCUCCCCGGGCAGCUCCGACGUCUCCACCACAGGGACCGGCACUUCUCAGAGUUCCCACUCCUCAGACUCCGGUGGAAGUGAUGUGGACCUGGACUCCACAGAUGGCAAGCUCUUCUCCAGUGAUGGCUUUCCUGACUAUAAGAAGGGGGACCCAAAGCACGGGAAGCGGAAACGAGGCCGGCCCCGAAAGCUGAGCAAAGAGUCCCGGGAGUGUCUGGAGGGCAAGAAGACCAAGCAUGCCCCCAGAGGCACCCACCUGUGGGAGUUCAUCCGGGACAUCCUUAUCAACCCAGAGCUCAACGAGGGCCUCAUGAAGUGGGAGAACCGGCAAGAGGGUGUCUUCAAAUUCCUGCGCUCUGAGGCCGUGGCCCAACUGUGGGGCCAAAAGAAAAAGAACAACAGCAUGACCUACGAGAAGCUGAGCAGGGCCAUGAGGUACUACUACAAACGUGAGAUCCUGGAGCGCGUGGAUGGCCGGCGCCUCGUCUACAAGUUUGGCAAGAACUCUAGUGGCUGGAAAGAGGAAGAGGUUAACGGUCGGAACUGAGGGUCCGAAGGAGACCUGGGACCGCACGGACGGACAUUGAGGCCUACAGACCCUCCCGGGCCUUAGGCACCACAGCAUGCCACAGUUUGGGCAUGCUCCAUGCUAUGCGUGAAGAGACGUGGAGGCUGUGUUCCUGUCACCGUCAGCCUGAGGUUGGGGGUCUUGGCCUCCCCUCUUUGUCCUCCUCUUGGAAUUACAAGCCCUGGAGUUUGAAAUCACCAGUCCUCUGACUGGCUGCCAAUGCAGCUACUUGUAUAGGGUGCCGCCCUGGACCUGGUCUAGACACCAGCUGUGGGCAGUCUGCCUCCUGGAGACGCCUGGACUGAGCCAAGGAGGGUGAGGAGACUCAGGGCACAGCAGCAGGGGCAGUGGGCUCUCCCCACAAUCUCUCUGGACUGGCUCCACCUCCCCUCUCAGUGCUUGGAUCAACCAGCGGGGGUCGGAGCACCUAAUUUAUGUGCUAUAAAUAUGUCAGAUGUACGUAGAGAUCUAUUUUUUCUAAGACGUUCCCCUCCCUGCUCCUCCCAAGCUUGGUGGCCACACAGACUGUUCUAGACCUUGAGCUGAGCCAGUGAGGGAUGGAUGGGGUGGUGCUGGGACCCUUCGGCGGGCUCCUGGCUGCUUUCUCCUGUGAGUGGAGGCAAAAGUCUCCAAUA